AUGAAUUAUUAUUUUUUAUGUGGAUUUUGCAAAUUCUGUGACGGAGGAAGAGUAAAUGAUGUUGUUGUUGGUGUUUUUUGGUUGAAUGAUAAUUUCAGCUCAGUAUAUAAAGUUGAAUUUUGUGGAGAGUUAAUUCUUUCUUCUCUCUCUCCUUCUUUCUCUCUCUUUUUUUUUUUUUUUUUGUCCCAAGAAUUCCAGAACUGCGUAGUCAUCUCCGGCACGGCAACUGGCGGCUGGGAUGGGCAGUUAAUGACACAUUACACUUGCAGAAGGAUGCGGAAGAUAAAACAGCCAGAAUUUCUGCAGUGGCGUCGCCACAUUCACGAGAACCCCUAUCUGGCCUACGAGGAGCAGCCGACCGCAGACUACGUGGCGAGCGUCCUCACGGCAAUGCCGGCACCCCUUGAGAUACGGCGACUGACGCCGAACAGUGUUAUCGCUGACCUCCGCGGAGGAGCCGGAGAGGGACCCAUUUACGCACUGCGUGCUGACAUGGAUGCGCUUCCAUUGCAGGAAGAGAGCGGCGAGCCUUUUAGCUCGAAGCGGCCUGGUUGGACUAAGGAACGUUAA